GAACGCUUAUAUCGUCCUGAGCUGUCUCAGCUUAAAAACUGGCACUACCAUUAAAAGAUUAGGAUAUAGAUCACCCAAAUAUAUACCACAGAAAACAAUCGGGACUCAUAGGUCCUCACUAAACUACGCCCAUAAGUGGGAUAAUAAAGAGGGUAGGUGAGGGGCGGAGCGUGGAAGUUGGCGUUCCAACAAACUGGCAUGGAUAAAUAGCUCGGCUGUUUUACGGUCUAGGAAAGUUUGCGAUAUUUAUCAUAUUGAAAAAUUAUUUUUAUGCCAGGUUUUCUCAGAUUCCUUUAAACUGUUUUGUUGAGCUUUUAAGCUUUGUGGAUCGUAGAGGAACAGAGCGAGACCAUUUUUUUCGUUGAUCUUAACGUCUAUAUCCGAAGAAUAACUAUAAGACAGGAGGCAGUAUUUUCCGGCAUUUCUCCGCUACUCGCAAUUUUGCAGGUCAGAAUUGAUUAGAUGGAUGACGGUCUAACGAAAAAAGAGGAGUUUGUGAGUGUUUGGGUCAGAGAUCCUAGGAUACAGAAGGAUGAUUACUGGCAUACGCACCUGGAUUAUGAAAUCUGUCUACAUACCAACAGCAUGUGCUUCAGAAGGAAGAUCUCAUGUGUGAGACGAAGAUACCGUGAGUUUGUGUGGCUCCGGCAGAGGCUCCAGGAUAAUACUUUUCUCAUAGAGCUACCUAAACUUCCUCCCCGGAACCCCUUCUUCAGUCAGAGCAACAGUUUCCAUAUCAACAAGAGGAUGAAGAAGCUACAGCAGUUCCUGGAAGAACUCCUGGACAUCCCUCUGCUGCUGUCUGACAGCUGCCUGCACCUCUUCCUGCAGUCCGAGCUCAGCGUGUCCAAGAUCGAGGCCUGUGCUUCGGGGCUGACGCGCUACUCUGUGGCCGAGGCCAUCCAGCGCUGUGGGCCGCAGAGCCGCUUCCCUUCCCAGGAAGCCCUCUGCCCUUCCCAGGAAGCCCUCUGCCCUUCCCAGGAAGCCCUCUGCCCUUCCCAGGAAGCCCUCUGCCCGCCGGGCACCGUCCGCUUCACCUUGGACCUUGAUAGCACUUCAUCUUCGUGCACCGGGACCGGCAGUGACCCUGGUACGCCCGAAGGGAACGAGAUGCCCCAGGAUGACAGCCCCCCUAGCUGAGCCCCCCCCCCCCAAGCCAGGGAGGGCUACCUGUCACCUCCAUCUUGGCUGUGAAGCAGCACCAGCUGUGCUGAUCUGACCUUCUGAUCGAGGUUUCUGAAGUUUCACCCUAAUGUUCACCAAAAUGUGCUCUGGUUUCCGUCCCUAUACUGUGUCUCUCAGCAGUUUUGUUUUUACACGUCUCGCCCUAUGUGAAAGUGUCCUUUUUAAUCGUUCAGUGUUUCCAGAAUUUUUAGGUUUGUUUAUCAGUGUUAUGCAAGCAAGUUGAUUGUAGAUAUUUCAGUGAAGCACGAAGACGUAGGCAUUGUUGCAGGUUUUAAGCAAGACUUCUGUGAAUGCUUUGUAAUAUUUACUUUUUACAAAAGUGUGGAGUAAGUUGAAGUGACUUUUUAUGUUUUUCUUUGGGGGGGGGAAAAAACGUCUGGGGAAAAAAAACGGUGGUCCAUCAGACUGAAUUCUUAGAUGGAGGUUGACGUUUAAAAAUGUGCUGCAUUCACUGCAUUUUGACUUUUUAAAUAACAUUUAAGUAUGUGUAUUAACUGCGGUAAUGAAAAAUAAAUGUUUCUGAAAAAGUUUA